AUGGCAAUGCUUGGUUUCGAGUCGACAGCUGAAUUUUUUGUCUAUCUCACCUUCAUCUUUUUUGGGAUGUCGGUGAUGAAUGUGACGAAUGCCAUUUACUCCAAUUAUUAUUUUUUUUGGGAAUACUACAAGUUUGCGCAGGGUAAUGAACAUGCUGUUUCUGCAAAUCCAUCAUUCUGGAAGCACAUGUUCACGUAUUAUAAUGUUGUCGUGUUUACCAUGCAAGUGCUUUUGGAGGCCUUUAUGCUCACACCAUUGGGCCGACGCAUUCCUAUUAGUUGGCGUCUCUUUUUUGGACUCUCACUUCCCAUGGUUGAAAUCAUUGUAAUUUUGGUUAUUCCUGCUGUUGGAGGAACAAGUGAGGGCGGUGCGAUGGCAACUAUGAUGAUAGUUGCUUUUGUUUGUGGUAUUUCCAUGACACUCUGUGACUCCAGCAAUGCUGCACUUGCGGGACCGUUUCCAACUAAAUUCUAUGGUGCCACCGUGUGGGGUCUUGCUGUCUCUGGCCUCAUGACUUCAUUUUUGGCUAUUGUUAUCCAAGCAUCAAUGAAGGAUAACUUUGAAAGCAGACGAACUCAGUCCCAAAUAUACUUUGGAUUAGUCAUGUUUCUUCAGGUGGUUGCAUGCGUCCUUCUUGUCCUUCUGAGGAAAAACCCAUAUGCCAUUAAAUAUGCUGCAGAAUUUAGGUAUGCUGCGAGGAAGGAUGGAAAGACAGAUGAUGGCGAAGAUGAAAACGAUGCAAAGGGAACAGGACCAGCAGACGAAGAUGGGUAUCCUGAUGAAAAAGAGAAUAAGAAUGUAUUGAAUGCUGAUAUUGAUCCAGAUAAGAUGAAGGAUACGGAUCAGGUUGAAGGCACUACCAACGCUCAGCAAAUGCUUGAUGCGAGUGUUAUGGUUGUGGUGAAACGCAUUUGGCCCAUGUUACUAUCUUGCUUCUUUGUAUUCUUUGCGACACUUCUUGUAUUCCCUGAUGUAUUUGUUGCUGUUAAAGAAGGGUUCCCAACUCAUGGGGGAUGGUACUUUACAAUUGUUGUUGCCAUGUUCAACUUGGGUGAUUUCUUGUCUCGUCUUGUGCUGCAGUUCAAGCGGUUGCAUGUGUCUCCGCGUAUGGUCAUGAUUGGUUCAUUUGCACGUGCACUGCUGAUAAUUCCUCUUUCGCUUUGUGCUGCCGGAACCAUUCCUGGUGUGUGGCUUCCCUACACCGUUUCUCUCCUUUGGGGUCUCACAAAUGGUUACUUUGGUGGCCUUUCAAUGAUUUAUGGACCACGUACGGGAUCCCUCACCACAGCGGGUCAACGCUCUCUUGCUGCCAUUUGCAUUAAUGUGGCUCUUUUACUCGGUCUUUUUGCUGGUGCUAUGUUUGCAUUGGCUGUUAAAGAGGGACUUCCUGAAUAA